CGCCUUCAAGCAAAUAAGGAGGCCGGUUCCGGGCCGCAUGCAGGAGCGGGAGCCUGGACUGAAGCCCGAGCCGGAAUCAUGGCCCGAGGGCUCUGGGCAGCCGCCCUAUGGGCUGCGAUCUGCAGCGGGGCCCUGGCUCUGCAGGGCGGGAUGCUCUACCCGCAGGAGACCCGGAGCCGGGAACGCAAGGACCUGGGCGGCCUCUGGGACUUCCGAGCCGACUUCUCGGACGACAGGAACCAGGGCUUUCGGGAGGAGUGGUACCGGACACCCCUGCGGGAGUCAGGGCCUGUUCUAGACAUGCCUGUCCCUGCCAGCUUCAACGACGUGGGCCAAGACCACAGGCUUCGAAACUUCAUCGGCUGGGUGUGGUACGAGCGGCAAGUGAUGGUGCCUCAGAGCUGGGCCCAAGACCCCCUCACCAGGGUGGUGCUCCGAAUUAGCAGUGCGCACUACUACACAAUGGUGUGGGUGAAUGGCGUCCAGGUGGCCGAGCAUGAGGGUGGCCACCUCCCCUUUGAAGCCGACAUCAGCAAGCUGGUUCGGUUCACUACCGGGAAACCGAGCCGCAUCACCAUCGCCAUCAACAACACCCUCACCCCACACACGCUGCCGCCGGGGAUCAUCGAGCACAAGACUGACAGAACCCGGUAUCCCAAGCAUUAUUUUACUCAGAAAACAUAUUUCGACUUUUUCAACUACGCGGGACUGCACCGCUCUGUCUUCCUCUACACCACCCCGGUCAACUACAUCGAUGACAUCACUAUCACCACCGAUAUAAACGAGGGCACAGGCCUGGUGAACUACCAGAUUGUUGUGAAAAGUAACGAGUCCUUCUGGCUGGAGCUCCAUCUCUGGGACCAGGAAGGGAAGUUGGUAGCCAAAGACGUGGGGCCCCGGGGGCAGCUGCAGGUGCCCAACGCCCAGCUCUGGUGGCCUUAUCUGAUGCAUGAACAGCCGGCCUACCUGUACUCACUGGAGGUGAUUCUAACGGUAAAAACAGGAGACGGGACCGUGCCUGACAUCUAUACCCUUCCCGUGGGCAUCCGCACCGUGCAGGUCUCCAGCAACCAGUUUCUCAUCAACGGAAAACCUUUCUAUUUCCAUGGGGUCAACAAGCAUGAAGACUCUGAUAUCCGAGGGAAGGGAUUCGACUGGGCUCUGGUGAUGAAGGACUUCAACCUGCUCCAGUGGCUGGGGGCAAACUCUUUCCGUACAAGCCACUACCCCUAUGCCGAGGAGGUGAUGCAGCUCUGUGACCGAUACGGCAUCGUGGUCAUUGACGAGUGUCCGGGCGUGGGGAUUGUGUUACCGGAGAGCUUUGGGAACAUCUCUCUGAAUCACCACCUAGAGGUGAUGGAGGAGCUGGUCCGGAGAGACAAGAACCACCCAUCCGUGGUCAUGUGGUCUGUGGCCAACGAGCCCGUUUCCUGGCUGGCACCUGCUAAACACUAUUUCAAGACCCUGAUUACCCACACCAAAGCCCUGGACCCCACCCGACCUGUGACCUUUGUGUCCAACUCUAAGCCUGAGGUGGAUCAUGGGGCUCCAUACGUGGAUGUGAUCUGUAUAAACAAUUACUAUUCCUGGUACCACGAUUCUGGGCACUUUGAGGUGAUUCAGCUGCAGGUUGACACCGAGUUUGAGAACUGGUAUAAGUUAUACCAGAAGCCAAUUAUCCAGAGCGAGUAUGGAGCAGACACCAUCGCCGGGUUUCACCAGGACCCUCCACUAAUGUUCAGUGAAGAAUACCAGAAAACCGUGCUGCAGCAGUAUCAUUCGGCUCUGGACCGAAAACGCAAACACUUUGUGGUUGGAGAGCUUAUUUGGAACUUUGCUGAUUUCAUGACAGAUCAAUCACCACAGAGAGUGGUCGGGAAUAAGAAGGGAAUCUUCACCCGACAGCGACAACCCAAAGGCUCAGCCUUCCUUCUGAGAGAACGAUACUGGAAAAUCGCCAAUGAAACUAUGUAUCCUCGUUUAGCGGCAACACCAAAGCAUUUUGAAAGCCGGCUCUUGUACUCCAUCUUAUAAUAAGAACUGUUUCUCCAAACCUGGAAAGAAACCUACCAGGAAGGUGCUUGAUUUGCAAGGGACUCCUGCAUUAUCAACUAUAGUUUACUUGGGGGGGGGGGCGGGAAAGAGAGAGGGAGCUUUUUGAUGAAGUUCUGCAAGACGGGAUAUGUAUUGUCAAGGAUGAAUGAGACCUUUUUCCAUAAGAGGAAUGUAUUUUUUAAAGAACUUGCUAUCCCUAAGUGGGAGGCCCUACAUGAAAAAUAUGGCUGACAAGAAUUUGAGACCAGUUUGAUAGAGAAGUGUGCCUUGUUCUCCCAUCCCUUGUGCAGAUGGACUCUUAAAAUUGGCGUGUUUUAAUGACUAGACAGUAUUAAAGCUAUGCUGUUACAAAAUUGUAUGCUUUCCCAACAACUGCCCUAUGCUAGCACAAAAGCAAAGCCUGGUCCCGUAACACGCAGUAAGUUUUCCUCCACCCUGGACACCACCAAAUCAGUUGGAAUGAAGUGAGAAUUAAUAACACAUGGUUAUUAACAUGGAAUUAAUAACAAUGGUUUCUUCCUUGUAACCAUGACUGAACUUCACGAGGACCAAAACCCUAAAUGUAUGAUGUAUAGGGGACACCGACUUCACUUUGUUGUUACUGAUUUAUAGGAGUAAAGGCCUCCAUGAUUCUUUA